AAUUUUAAUUUCCAGUGUGUGUGAUGCUGUUGGGUUGGGGCCUUGUAGUUGAACUUGGUUCUUCCCAAUUCCCAAUCCCAAAUCCAAAUCGCAAUCGCGGAUCAAACCUCAAACAACCAUUCCCAUCAAUCUUCUUCCUUUCAACCAAUUCCAUCUCCAGAUUCUAGAUCUAUGAUCAAUUGCACUAAUUUGUAACGAAUCUAACAAAAAAAAAACAUGUAUAUGGCUUAUGGGUGGCCUCAGGUCAUCCCUCUGGAGCAAGGACUGUGUCCUUCUGUGCAGAAGAUUGUGUAUUUCAAACUGAUUAAUCGUUUGUUGCUUGUUGUUUCUCCUACUCACUUUGAACUGUGGAACUCUUCUCAGCAUAGAGUGAGAUUGGGAAAGUACAAGAGAGAUUCGGAUUCGUUGAAGAGAGAAGGUGAAAACUUGCAGGCUGUGUGGAGUCCUGAUGCUAAAUUAAUUGCUAUUCUUACAUCUUCUUUCUAUCUUCACAUUUUCAAGGUCCAAUUCUUGGAUAAAAAAAUACACAUUGGUGGGAAACAACCUUCUGCUUUGUCCCUAGCUACUAUAUCUCUUCUUCUCAGUGAGCAAGUUCCUUUUGCAGUAAAGAGUUUGUCGGUGAGCAACAUCGUUAGUGAUAACAAACAUUUGCUGCUUGGACUUUCUGAUGGAACAUUGUACAGUAUGUCUUGGAAGGGAGAGUUCUAUGGAGCUUUUCAAUUUGAUCCAAAUCCUUCUGCUAGCUUUGAUGAUUCUCAGUUACCACAUUCUUUAGAGAAUGGUGUUUGUCAUAAAGGCCAACCGAAGGUUCCUGUGCCUAAUCACAUUAUUCCAAAAAAUUCUGAAAUCAAACAGCUGGAGCUUUCCCUUUCAUUGAGGUUGCUAUUUGUCUUGUAUUCUGAUGGGCACCUUGUCUCAUGUUCCUUUAGUAAGAAAGGUUUAAAGCAAGUUGACUGUAUUAAAGCAGAAAAGAGGUUGGCUUGUGGGGACGCUGUAUGUGCUUCAGUAGCUCUUGAGCAGGAUAUUCUUGCUGUUGGUACCAGAAGAGGAAUUGUGGAGUUGUAUGAUUUGGCCGAAUCAUUAAUGCUUAUACGCACAGUUUCUUUGUAUGACUGGGGAUAUUCAAUGGAUGAUACUGGCCCUGUUAGUUGCAUUGCAUGGACACCUGAUAACUCUGCUUUUGCAGUUGGGUGGAAAUUAAGAGGGCUUACAGUUUGGUCAGUUUCUGGGUGCCGCUUGAUGUCAACAAUCCGACAGAUAGGUUUAAGUUCUGCUUCUUCUCCAAUUGCUAAGCCAAACCGUGAUUGCAAGUAUGAGCCAUUGAUGGGUGGUACCUCACUGAUGCAGUGGGGUGAACAUGGAUACAGACUUUAUGUUAUUGAGGAGAGAUCUUCAGAGAGAAUUAUUUCAUUCUCUUUUGGAAAAUGCUGUCUUAGCAGAGGUGUUUCCGGAACUGCAUACAUCCGGCAAGUGAUUUAUGGGGAAGACCGGUUGCUCAUUGUGCAGUCAGAAGAGAUCGACGAGCUUAAAAUGCUACAUCUUAAGCUUCCAGUUUCUUAUAUUUCCCAAAACUGGCCUGUUCAACAUGUGGCUGCUAGUCAGGAUGGAAUGUACUUAGCAGUCGCUGGUCUCCAUGGUUUGAUAUUGUAUGAUAUACGAUUGAAAAGAUGGAGAGUAUUUGGAGAUGUUACCCAGGAACAAAAGAUUCAGUGUAAGGGCUUGCUAUGGCUGGGAAAGAUUGUUGUUGUCUGCAACUAUAUUGAUUCUUCCAACAUGUAUGAAUUGCUCUUUUACCCAAGAUAUCACCUUGAUCAAAGCUCAUUGCUCUGUCGAAAACCAUUGCUAGCGAAACCAAUUGUGAUGGAUGUGUACCAAGAUUAUAUACUGGUUACGUAUAGACCAUUUGAUGUCCAUAUAUUCAAUGUUAAAUUAUUUGGUGAAUUAACUCCUUCAGGAAAUCCUGAUUUACAGCUUUCUGCAGUACGAGAACUUUCAAUUAUGACUGCCAAGAGUCAUCCUGCAGCAAUGCGAUUCAUUCCUGAUCAAAUCCCACGAGAACCUAUUUCAAAAAGUUACAUUUCAUCUUCAGCAGAUUCAUUUAGUGGAGAACCAGCAAGAUGUCUGAUAUUGAGGUCAAAUGGGGAGCUUUCACUUCUUGAUUUGGAUGAUGGGCGGGAGAGAAAUCUUACGGAUUCAGUUGAGCUUUUUUGGGUCACUUGUGGCCAGUUUGAGGAUAAAACAAAUUUGAUUGAGGAAGUUUCGUGGUUAGAUUAUGGUCAUCGGGGCAUGCAGGUUUGGUAUCCAUCUCCAGGUCCAAAUUCUUUUAAGCAGGAAGACUUCUUGCAGUUGGAUCCGGAGCUGGAGUUUGAUCGUGAAGUAUACCCUCUGGGACUUCUUCCGAAUGCUGGUGUAGUUGUUGGUGUUUCCCAGAGAAUGUCAUUUCCAUCAAGUGCAGAAUUCCCGUGUUUUGAGCCAUCUCCUCAAGCACAAACUAUACUGCACUGCCUACUCCGCCAUCUUCUUCAGAGAGACAAAAUCGAGGAAGCUUUAAGGUUGGCAGAACUAUCAGCAGAAAAGCCUCAUUUUUCACAUUGUCUAGAGUGGCUUCUUUUUACAGUAUUUGAAGCAGAUAUAUCCAGGCCAAAUGUAGACAAGAACCAGAUCUCAGUUCUUAAACAUGUAAAAACUCUUUUGGAGAAGACCUGCGAUCUUAUCCGAAAUUUUCCAGAGUACUUAGAUGUUGUUGUUAGUGUCGCAAGAAAAACAGAUGGUCGUCAUUGGGCAGAUUUGUUCUCUGCCGCUGGAAGAUCAACAGAAUUGUUUGAGGAAUGUUUUCAACGUAGAUGGUACCGCACUGCAGCUUGCUAUAUACUUGUAAUUGCCAAACUUGAAGGUCCUGCUGUGAGUCAGUAUUGUGCUUUACGGUUAUUACAGGCGACACUCGUUGAUUCUUUAUAUGAGCUUGCUGGGGAGCUGGUGAGAUUCUUGCUAAGAUCUGGUAGGGAGUAUGACCAAGCAUCAUCUGAUUCAGAUAAACUAUCCGAUUCAGAUAAACUGUCUCCCAGAUUUUUAGGCUAUUUUCUUUUUCGUUCUACUGAGCGCAAGCAAGCAUUGGAUAAAAGCCCCUCAUCCAAGGAACAAAGUGCUCAUGUCACCUCAGUUAAGAAUAUUUUAGAAAACCACGCUAGUUACUUGAUGGCAGGGAAAGAGCUCUCCAAGCUUGUUGCAUUUGUAAAAGGCACUCAAUUUGAUUUAGUGGAAUAUUUACAACGCGAAAGAUAUGGGAGUGCUCGGCUGGAGAAUUUUGCAUCAGGGCUUGAACUAAUAAGCCAAAAGCUUCAAAUGGAAACACUACAGAGCCGAUUGGAUGCCGACUUUCUCCUGGCUCAUAUGUGCUCUGUCAAAUUUAAGGAAUGGAUAGUUGUCCUGGCUACUCUCUUAAGACGUUCCGAGGUUCUGUUUGACUUAUUCCGUCACGAUUUUCGGUUAUGGAAAGCUUACAGCAGCACCCUGCAGUCACACCCAGCAUUUACUGAAUAUCAAGAUUUAUUGGAAGACCUCGAAGAGAAACUUUCAUCUGUUACAAAUGAGGAAGAAGAAUGAUGAAAGUAAACAUAGAUUUCACAUCUGUACUGUGGUCCUCAUUGCUUUCCCGCUAAAGUAGUUUGCCUGGGAGGCUUUUAACCUCAGCCCGCAUCAUAGUUUGAUCGAUCAUGUCCCACAGAAAGAACUAUGCAUCCUUUCCCUUGGAUUCGAUCGUGGGGGGAGGGCGAGAAAAUCACAUUUAUGUGGAGCUUAAAUUAAGAUGACUACGGUAACACCAUUUUCGCGGUGUUAUAAUCCAAUGAAUCCCGUCCGGAAUAUAGUACUUGUAGAUAGAGGUUAGAAAUAUUUGUAGGGAGGCUUGUUCAUGUCUGAGGAUUUCACUAUUCUUUUUCACUUCUUAAACCAAAUUUUGUAACAUGUGAUUUUUGUAUAAGCAUGAACAGAUCCAUCUGUAUAUAUUGGUUAUAUGCUCUUUGAUCAGUUCAACAUUCAGAGUGGAUUUUAUGCACUUACUAUUUUAGUGAGAUUUAUAUGAAUUUCACUUGAUCAUGUGAUCCUUCUCUCUA